AUGACCGCGCUCAACACCUUGCCGGCCGAACUUCUCCUAGACAUUGGAGAACGUCUUGAUCGCAGAGACUUGGCCUCUCUGAUCCGUGUUUCCAGAUCUUGUCACGCUGUCUUGACCGACAAAUUAUACAAUGUCAGAGGCAAGCAGGAGGCUGUGCGUUGGGCCGCCGAUAAUGGCAGCUGCUUGGUCAUGAAAACCGCGCUAUCGCGAUCCCUCGAUGAGAAGGAAAAGUCCGAACUCGUCAGCAUGCCCAUCCUUCGUCCGCUUGUGUCGCCAGACGGCCGCCGCCGGCAGCUAAUGGCUACUCCGCUUGCUCGCGCGUCGUAUCGUGGUCAUCUUGAUGUUGUCACCUAUCUCUUGGAUGUUGGAGCAUGCCAGGAAAUACCGUCGUACCGGCUCUGCAACUGCAUUGACUUGCAAAGUAUCUUCGAGGGCUUCGAAGGCCAUGAUUUCCCCAAUGUCCCGAAUUGGUAUCCUCUUCACUACGCAAUAUGCAGUAAGAAUGAAGAGGUCGCUCUGCUCCUUAUCGACCGGGGUGCGCCCUUGGUAGGGUGUCAAGGUCGUCCCCAUAUCACUGCACUCCAAAGUGCCGCUGCGAACGGCUGUCUAAAGGUCGUACAGCGUCUCGCGAAACGAUACCGUGAGCUGAAUCAUGGCCCUCUGUUGACUCCCGGGCACAGGGUAGAUGUAGGUCGUCCGCCAGCCCCCAAUGCAACCGAUGCUCGUCUCAACUCUGCGAUGCACUACCUCGCGCUGUGUCCGCGUCGUGAAUAUGUUCGCGACAUCUGUCUCUACCUGAUGGACCUUGGGGUUCCGCUAGAUACUCCAUGGGGUAGUAGGGCCAUGUCGCCCCUUCUAAUGGCAUGCGCAUUGGGAAAUUUCACGGUAGCUAGUGAAUUUGUGCAAUUCGGAGCAAACCUUCAACGUCGGGAUCUGACAGAGCAGGAACGUCAACAGCUUCUCCAAGAAGACGUGUUGCCCGAACACCGGCAAACAAACGCCUCAUACGUGUACACUGCCAUGGGAGCCACGUAUAGACGAGCUAAGCAGGCCGGCGUUGUGUGGCGUCCAGGCGGCAAGGCGCGCUGGGAAAUCGAACGGCAGAACUUUAUCAGAGUAUUCAUCCAGCACAAUGGCAAGGUUAACGUACCCGUCAGUCGAGCUGGUGACACCGCUUUGGCAAGAGCAGCCGAACGAGGGCUCGCGGCUGAGGUCCGAAUACUUAUCUCGGAGGGAGGCGCUGUUGUUGACAAGCCAGAUGCGUUUGGAAUGACGCCGUUGUGCAAGGCUGCUCUACGCGGUGGAUUCGCUGCCGUUGAAACGCUCUUGGAAGCCGGGGCGGACCCAAACCUUCCCAGUCGAAUUGGUCAAAUCACCGCCCUGGAGAUUAUCAGUGGCAUGAUUGCGGUGCCAGAAAUCGAGCAGAUAAUUAUCUUGCUACUACGCUACGGUACGCGUGUGGGAAGAUUAUCCCCUCGAUCUCCCCAUCAGUAUGAACGAACUCACUUGAUCGGGUUGUUGAAGCGAGUUCUCGAUCGUAACAACCCUUCAGACUACUUGGCCGUGUCGACAAUUCUCGAAAACAGUACUGAAGCAAACAUAGCGCGUGGGUGUUGGCAAUACGCAGCCGAGGUUGCCCUUCGUCUCGACAAGAAUGGGGAUUCCAAGAAGCCAGGACACAGACAAUUGUGCUUACUUCUAGGUACCUUUGGUUCCAAGGUUGGCUAUGCCUUUGAUGAUUCCAGACUCUGCUCGAUUGUUAAGCAGCUCAUCAAGACAGGCCACCCGGAGAACAUGUCGUGUCUGUUUUACCUUGGAGGAGGGAAUAUGGAACUUCAAUUGCGGGACUAUUUCCCAAGCGUGGUUAGGACACUCAGCGGCGUCUUCACUCGAGAAGCGAUGCUGGCCUUGGCCUUGACUCAUAGUAAAGAAUCAGCGUUGCCUUUGGUUUCUCAAUUGCUCGCUGACAACGAUAUCGACGUCACUGGGAUACUUCACUGUCUCAGCACCAAACCGACGCUACUUCAUCUGGCUUGUAGCAACGGCGACUGGGGAUCCGCAGGCCUUCUUAUCACCAGAGGUUGUUCCGCGAACGCUGUUAAUGGGUGUCUUUUAACGCCCUUGGCGGAGGCUGCAGCGGGCGGUUACAGAAAGCUGGUCGAAGCUCUGAUGGACUGUACAGCGGCUGAUCCACACGAGUCAUUCCGGAGUCCUUCAGACACCACCAGAGUAUUGCAAGAUCACUUGGCAGUUCAAAAUGACUUUCUUCGCCCGCCUCCCGGAGCCAAGCUCUCCCAAUUCGUCGUCCGUGAGCUCAUGAAGCUCCAGGGUGCACCUUUAGGGUUUACCGAUAGUGAUACCAGCAAUCAGCACUCAUUGGACCCAUCCCUUCCCAAAAGAGGGGCUCGGAACCGUUACACGCCACAUCUCUUUGGAUUCUCUGCUCUUGAAGCGGCCUGUCACGAGGGACACACCGGUGUCGUAAAAGCAAUUCUCAAACGUCACCCCCUUGCAAGACAUACCCAUCUCCAAGUUCAAAGGGGUUUCAUGCUCGUAAAGCCGUCGUCCAGUCUUCUGACUGAUACGAUCAUGAACGGACACUGGGACACAACGCACAUUUUACUCAACAACGGAGCAGAUCCCAACCAGGGCAUCCUCCGCGGCUGUCUCGACCUGACUCCCCUCCACAUCUGCGUGGAGGCACUUGUGCACACAGUCCGGUUGUACAACGCCGAGGCCGAGACCCUUGCUUCCGAGCAGCCUAUACCCCCCGGCUCCGAGGCUCCGCCCCCGUUCCCACCGGAUAUGCAUCCCCAACUGUUGCCGUCCGUCAAAAGAAUUCAGAAAAUUGUUAGUGUCAUUGCGCACCUAAAGAACAGAGGUGCAAAGGAGGAAUCAGACAAUUCUGUAUUCAGGAUCGUUCACAAACUGGAGGGUGAACCGUUCUCGCAUAAUACAAUGGACUUGUUGAAGAGGUUGAUGAACAGAGACGACCCAGAGUACAUGGGGGGAAGAUUCAUGGAGAGACAUGAGGUGGUGGUGACGAGGAAGUUUACGCUGGAUCCGGAGGGCAAGAAGAUUGUUCUGAGUGCUGAGGCAAACGACGAGUCGAAGAAUGAGGGUAAGGGUCUCCCGAAGAAAACAAAUUUAACCCCACAGUUUGAGACAUGGCAAUCCCUUGGGCUCUUUGGCUUUGACACAAGCUCCCAUAUGGUUCAAGACGUGGUCGGUCCCAUCCCGGGAGGAACAAGGGCCCCAAACAAAAAAAAUAAACCUCCCUCCCCCUCCCCCUCCCAUCCCCCCUCAGCCGGUCUAGCCCCAAGCACCUGGGCCAGCGCCCACGGAAGAGGAACUCCCAGUCCCGACACUCGCCCCCGCCGCACGUCAUUAAUAGCCCAACUCCAAAUGCGGCGCUCCUCGGGGGUCCUGGGCUUCGCUGGCAAAGCCCUCGCCAUCUGUCUACUCCUCUUCUUUUUUUCGACUGGCGCCUACGGCGGCAUGAUCACCGGUUUCACCAAUGGCUUCUUUGCCGCGCUCACACGGAUCAAAACCGACCCUUCGGUCGUCCGGGAGUAUGAGCCAAAGGAAGAAUUCACGGGGGUGAAGGCGGUGGAUCAAGUUUUGGUUACGCUGGUGACGUUUUUUGCUGCUUGGUUGGAUGCUGGGGGCCCGGUGGAGGGAACAUCGUGGGAGGAGACGUGGGAAGGGCCGUGGCUAGUGGGCUUGGUAAAGGGGAGGGAGGGGACGCGGCGGGGAAGGACGUGGGACGUGGAUGUGCCGCUUUGGAUGGCUAUGGUGCAAUUUGCGGGUGCUUGGGCGUUGGUGAGUGUAGAGGGGGCGAGGAGGGGCAACCAGGGGAGGGUAGUUGGUUGGACUGGGUUCUGGGGUAUGGGCAUGCAAUUAUUGUCAUACACCAUCGCUGGCCCGAUUUACUUCAUCGUCUACUUGGUUACAUCGCCCGUAGCAAGUGGCAGCGACGUGGACGCGCUGGUCGUCGACGGAUGGGAGAUGGCCAUGCUGCCAGUGUGCGUCACAAUGGCCUUUAUUGUUCCGGCGUUCAUGAUGGGAUUACCAAGCAUGCCGCAAGCUGAGCACCAGAAUUGGAUAGCUACCUGGCAGGUGUUUCCCAUUCUGCAGGCUAACCUGAUUUUCUUCCUCAAGAGCUUGUGUGGCUCUUCUGAUGCUGGAGCAGAGGGGAGAAACAGCAGCAGAGUCACGAAUGGGGGGAAAGCGGCCGGCGCAAGCCCGGUGUAUCGAUUCACGAUGAGCCUGUGCAUAGUAGCUCAACUGGCCUUCCUUGCCAUUGCGCUGAUCCCGCCCACUGCUUUGCCAGAAAGCUUGGCUGCCUCGUAUCCGUGGCUCUCGACGAUGUUGAGGGAGGUGAGCAUUGGUUCGGCUCUCCCUAGGGCCCUAUGGAAUCCACCGUCUACCGAUACGGCGAGCGCGAUCCGGAUUGCAUAUUUGGCGCCGUUGGCGAAGCACUUUCUUCAGUGGGAUGUGUACAGCGGUAACUUUGCGCUGCUCACCUGGGCUGCGUACCAAUAUUGGGCUGCUGGAGUCGGCGGUUUGAAGCGAUUCGGCAAGGCGUUGGGCUGGUUCGUGCUUGGUGGGCCGGUUUCGGCAGCGGCAUAUCUUUUGUGGGAGAGAGAUGAGGCGGUUGUCGAAAGAGAGGAUGAGCGGGGGAGAAGGAGAAGUCGGUAA